GCCGUCACUUCCAGCUCCCACGCUUCUAGUCUUGCUCCUCCACUUCAGGAAUCCUGGUUGCCUCGCUGCUCCCAUGGAUGACGACGGCGCCGCCUCCCCGGUCCACCACGGCGGCGGGGGAAUCAUUCGCGUGGUCUGCGAGUCUUGCGGCAAUCCGGACGAGUACAGCCCGGACGACGCCGAGGACGGCUUCUUCUCCUGCCGCCAGUGCUCCAAUGUCCACACCUCCACCCAGGCGACCGCCGCCGACCCCGACGAUUUCCAAGAAAUCGUCAAGUCCACCUUCCGAAUUAGCCAACCCGCCAAACCCCGCACGCCCUACAGAACCCCUUUCCACGCCCCCCACGCUCCGGCCGCUCCCGCCUUCAACGGCUUCGACGAGCCAAGCGAGCCGCGCGACUUCGUGUCUGGCGACGAGGAGGCUUGGCGCGACCCGGAGGAGCUGGCGAACCGGGUCCGCUGGCGCUACGUGCAGGGCCUGCAGGUGAUCCUGCAGCGGCAGCUCGAAGUGCUGGUCGAGAGGUACCGCGUCGGCGCGCUCGUCUGCGGCGUGGCUGGAACUGUCUGGGUGCGCUGGGUGGCUGCCUCCAAGGUGUUUGAUGAAAUGUGGGCGAGGAAGGUGCUCGCCGAGGACGAGGCUGCUCAGAGACUCAAGUACUCUGCUCCUGGAGGUGAACAGGUACCUCAAGAGGUCAAACUUGAAUUGGAGGAUGAAGUAUUGCUUCCAAAAGAUAGGCGAAGGGUUGAGUUCAUCUUUCUGCGCUCACUGAGGAUGAUGCUGCCAGUGUACUCAACAUUGUCUGUCUGUUUCCUGGCCUGUCAUAUUGCCCGGGAAGCCGUCCUGCCGACUGACAUUUAUAGGUGGGCACUGGAGGGCAAGCUUCCCUAUGUGGCAGCAUUUACCGAAGUGGACAAGCUUCUCGGGACCCCUAUAAAACACUGCCCUUUGAAUGCAAGACAACUAUUCAGGCCAGUCCGAGUGAUUGGAAUAUGGCAACUGGAAGCCGCGGCAGCAUCCAUAGCACAAAGAAUUGGCUUGCAGCUUCCUUCGGUUAAUUUCUAUGCUAUUGCUCAACGCUACUUGAAUGAGUUGUCUCUGCCGGUAGAAACAAUCCUCCCUCAUGCUUGCCGCAUCUAUGAGUGGGCAAUGCCUGCAGAACUAUGGUUGUCUAGUAAUCCAGCUAGGGCCCCUACACAGGUCUGCGUAAUGGCUAUACUGAUAGUGUCUCUAAGACUUCUGUAUAACAUCAAUGGCCAAGGGAUAUGGGAGGAGAUUUGUGAGGCAGGAAGGGAUGCAUGUGGGUCUGGCCCUGAUGCAAAUUUACCAACAUCUAUGAAGCCUAAUGGUGACACCAGUGAGGAGUUCGGCACAAAAGAAUUGUUGUGCACUCUUGCAGAUGCCUAUGAUAAUAUUGACGUUGCACAUGACUAUUCGAAGGACCUUCAUUCGUAUCUCAAAUACUGCAAGGAUGUCGUUUUUCCGGGGAUUGCAUGCUCAGUCGAAGAGGAGCACUUAAUAGAGAUCUUUCAAGACAUGUACAAAGGACGAACAGGUGAGAAUCCAAAAGCGCACAUGGAGGAAAUGCGAACCACAAAUGGGGUGAAUAAACGUGGCCGGGAUGGAACUUUUGUUGGUGCAAGGUGCUUUUCUUCAGCACCAGGAAUACAAAGGAUUAAGUCAGAGAUGGAAGAUCGUGGAUUCUGUUAUAUACCACCAAGGAAAGUGCUAAAAUCAGAUGGUUAUCUUCACUAUAGAAGGAAGACAAUAACUGGUAGUCUUGUUUGUGUUGGACAUGCUGAUUAUUACAUGUUGAUACGUGCAUUUGCAAAGCUUGCAGAAGUUGAUGUUAGGAUUAUGCAUACUAGUGUGCUAAAACUUGAGAGGAGACUUGCCCAGAUAGAACAACGGAUAGGCAAAAGCUUGGAUGCCUUACAGAAUCUACCGAGCUAAAGCAAAGUAUUCCAAAAGACAUGUGUCAGAAUGAAGUUUUUGAUGUAUUAUUGUGCCACGCCGAUGUGGUGAUUCCUUCAACUAUGGAACUCAACCCCAGUUCUCCAAGAGAGCAUGCACGCGCUAAUGCAUGUUUCUAGUUGAAUCAAGUGGCCCAGUUGGAUUGCUGGAUGGUGCUGUUCUUAACUCGGAACAUACAGGUCUUACAGAUAGGAAGGCUAUCGAUCAAACGAACAGUGGGGUCUCUUGCAAGAUCUGGCAGACAAAGUGACCAGGACAACUGUAUCUCUCUCUGUACUAACUUUUCUGGUGGAAAGUGCUUGUAGUUCUGUAAUUUGGCUUUGCUGAUAAGAAUCUGUUCAGUAGAAAUUCUACUGUAGAAUCAUCCUCUCAAGAGUUUUUUCGGUUCGCUUGUCAGAAGUGACCUAGGCCACAGUAUGAAAUCUGCAACAUGUUGAUACUACGCUAUAUGCGCACACUGUAUAAAUUUUCUGAUCUAAGUGGUAGCUAUGCGAAAA